CUAGGAAGUGAAACACACUCAGAGAUAGGACAAUAAUAAUCUCUUUUAGUUCUCCUGCUUCCCCUGAGGAAGGAAAACGACAAAAGGCUACACAACUGAAACUUCAGCAGGCUGCUGAAUGCUUCAAAGACAAGGACUUUAAUGUGGAAGUUUCAAAUCAGCCAUUGAGCGACUCCUUGUUUAGCAUUCUGCCGGCUUUGUUUUGAGCCGCCCUCUGGGAUAAGAUGUCGUUCCGUUCAGAGGAGGAUCUCACCUGUCCCGUCUGUCAGGACAUCUUUAAAGCCCCUGUCGUCCUCACAUGCAGCCACAGCUUCUGUAAAGCCUGUCUGCAGAGCUGGUGGAGCGAGAAACUACUACAGGAAUGUCCAGUUUGUAAGAGGAGGUCGUCGAGGACUGAGCCGCCUUGUAACCUGGCAUUAAAGAACCUGUGUGAGUCCUUCGUGUUGGAGCGAGAACAGAGAGCUUCAGAGGGAUCCGAGGCGCUCUGCAGUCAGCACUCUGAGAAACUUAAACUCUUCUGUCUGGACCAUCAGGAGCCGGUGUGCCUGAUCUGUCGAGAUUCAAAAACACACACUGACCAUAGAUUCAGACCUCUACAUGAGCUGGCUCUGGAUCAUAAGAAGGACCUCCAGAAAUCUCUGAAACCUCUACUGGACAAACUCAAGAUCCUUGAACGAGUGAGAGGAAACUAUGAUCACACAGCAGAGCACAUUAAAGUCCAGGCCACAAACACAGAGAGGUGGAUUAAGGAGCAGUUUAAGAAGCUUCACACGUUUCUGGAGGAGGAAGAGGAGGCCAGGAUCUGUGGUCUGAGGGAUGAAGAAGAGCAGAAGAGUUUUGUGAUGAAGGAGAAGAUUGAAGCUCUGAACACAGAGAUAGCAGCUCUUUCAGAAACAAUCAGAGUCACAGAGGAUGAGCUGAGAGCUGAAGACGUCUCAUUCCUGCAGAACUACAAGGCUGCAGUGGAGAGAGUCCAGCAGCACCCCCUGCUGGAGGAUCCAGAGCUGGUCUCAGGAGCUCUGAUAGACCAGGCCAAACACCUGGGCAACCUGAACUUCAACAUCUGGAACAAGAUGAGGAGCAUGGUCUCCUACAGUCCUGUGAUCCUGGACCCAAAUACUGCAAACCCAGAAUUCAUCUUGUCUGCUGAUCUGAGCUCUGUGAGUCAUGGAGAGAGAAGGAAACUUCCUGAAAACCCAGAGAGGAACGAUUACCACCGCUCUGUCUGGGGCUCUGAGGGCUUCAACUCAGGGACUCACAACCUGGACUUUGAGGUCGGAGAUAAUCCAGCCUGGUUCGUUGGUUUGUCCGCGGUGUCCACCCCGAAGAAAGGACGAGCCAAAUCUGGGUUUUGGCAAAUAGAGUUCUACAGAGGAAUGUACAGCGCACGCCUGCUUGGCGCUCCGCCCUCUGUGCUCCGCCUGAAGAAGAAACUCCAGAAACUCAGUGUUCACUUGGACUGGACCAGAGGAAAACUGCUGUUCUUUGAUCCGGACACAAACACACACAUACACACCUUCACACACACCUUCACUGAUACACUGUUUCCAUGUAUUGGCACCUUGGACGAACUACCACUGAAAAUAUCCCAUCGCAAGAUCUCUGUGACGACAGAGUAGCUCUUUAUGAGGAGGCAUUUAAAGGAGUGUGUUAUCUGUGCGGUCCUAUAUUUCUGAUUAAAGCCCUUAAAGCUGUUUUUCUAUAUUUCAAAUAGAUCAAUAGAUCUGUGUUUUAAGCUUUGUGUUGUUGAGAUUGUGUUUGAA